AUGGCUUCUAAAGGAGCACGAAAUGAUCCAGCUUGGGGACAUAGUGAAGAGGUAGAAGUACCUGGAGAGGGUGCCAAAAAAGGUUACAAAUACCUCAAGUGUAACUAUUGUAGCAAGGUCGUCAAAGGGGAGGUAAAACGAAUGAAGGAACAUCUUGCUGGAUCACGAAAAGAUGUUGCACCUUGUUUAAACGUGCCCGACAUAGUCAAGGAAGAAAUGAAACAAUAUCUAAAAGCAUAUCAAGAACAGAAAUUCGCUAAGCAACACAAUUUUGAGGAAAAUGUGGGUUAUGGAUCAUACCAUAUGAGCAAUAGCAUUGACAAUGUUAUGGGUGCAAAUUCUAGUCCUAGUGUUAGCACCAAGGGUGUUAGAGGCCCGAUAGACCAUUAUAUGGAGAUUCCACUUGAUGAUGACCAAGGGACAAUAGCGGUUGAGAAGAUGACACCAGGGAAGGCUAAAGAACACCGCAAUAGAGUUUGCUUGGAUAUUGGGCGAUGCUUUUAUGAGAAUGGGAUGCCAUUUAAUAUUGCAUCGAGUCCGGCUUUUGUAAAUAUGGUGCGUUCAAUUGGCAAUUAUGGUCGUGACUUAAAACCUCCUUCAGCACACGAGUUGGGCACUUGGAUUUUAAAAGAAGAAGUCAAGACAACCACUACAUUUGUUGAUGACAUAAAAGCUACAUGGAAGCAAAUAGGAGUUUCAUUGUUAUCAGAUGGCUGGUCCGAUAUUAGAAACAAAAGCUUGAUCAACUAUCUUGCGAACAAUCAAUAUGGGACAGUUUUUUUGAAAACUGUUGACGCGUCAGAUUGCAUAAAAAAUGCACAUAAGUUGUUUGAACUACUUGAUGGUGUUAUUGAGGAAAUCGGUGAAGAUAUUGUCAUUCAAGUGAUCACAGAUAAUGCAAGCGCGUACAAAGCUGCUGGUACCUUGUUGAUGGAGAAGCGAAAACAAUUAUAUUGGACUCCGUGUGCUGCUCAUUGCAUAGAUUUGAUGCUUGAGAAGAUUGGAGGGUUACCACAAAACAAAAAUGCUUUACUUAAGGCUAAAAAAGUAAGCAAUUUUAUUCAUAACCAUCAGUGGGUUUUGAGCUUAGCAAGAAAGUUUGCAAAGAAAAAUCUUCUUCGGCCGGCUGCUACCCGAUUUGCCACUGCAUUUUUGACACUAGAAAGCAUGUACGAGUUGAAACAACCAUUACAACAGAUGUUUGUUUCAACUGAGUGGUCAAAUUGUGCUUGGGCUAAGAAGUCGGAUGGAAUAGCUGUCAAGAAGAUUGUCAUGGAUGAAGUUUAUUUUUGGCCAAGUGUGGUUUAUUCAAUGAAAACCACAAGGCCUCUGGUUCACGUUUUGAGACUUGUUGAUGGUGAAAAAGAACCGGCAAUGACUUAUAUUUAUGGUGCUAUGGAUAAAUGCAAGGAAAAGAUUGCCAAAAUUUUUGAUGGGGAUGUGGGUUCUUACAAGGAAAUAUGGGACAUUAUUGAUGAAAAAUGGGAGAAUCAAAUGCACCGUGACUUGCAUGCAGCGACUUAUUUCUUGAACCCGCGCUAUAGGUGGAGUCCCGAUGUUUCCUGA